AUGUUAAAAUUAAGGCCGCACUUACGCCAAUACGCGAUGGUUAUAACAGUAAACCUCAGCAUGCUCAGCGCAGGGAUGACCCUGGGCUGGUCCUCUCCGAUACUGGUGAAGCUGGCGAAUGUCACGGAGUCGGGGUUCGACGAGCCCGUGUCGAGUAGCGAUAUGUCUUGGAUCGUGUCUACUGUGUUUUUGACGUGUACUUUCGCUGUCUUCGUAGUUCCAAUGUUACUGGAUAAUCUAGGUAGAAGGUACAGCGCAAUCCUAGCUAUGGUGCCGCUCAUCAUGGGAGGCCUGGCCAUGGUCUUCGCAAGUAAAGUCUGGCUGUUGUUCCUAGCUAGAUUCUUGGUGGGAUUGUCUAUGGCUAUGAGCUUUAAUGUGGCUCCGACUUAUGCUGCUGAGAUUGCUAGCAAAGAAAUCCGAGGAUCCCUAGGAACUAUAAUACAAAUAUCAGUUUGUAUUGGUGCCACUCUAAUGUUGGCUGUGGGACCAUUUGUCUCAUAUUUGUCCCUGAAUGUAGUAUACGCCAUUUUUGCUGUGCUCACAACAGUGCCAAUAUUGUUCUUGCCCGAAAGUCCUUAUUACUUGCAUUCAAAAGGCCGAAGCCACGAAGCCCUGAAAAACUUAACAACAUUGCGAGGUUCAGAAACGCUGGCAAAGCAAGAAAUAGUGGAAUACGAUAUGACAAAAUCUGACAAAAAUGUCAAGAAGCUAAGUUUGUUGAAGGACUUUAUUCUUCUAAAGACGAUACUCCUGGUCCCAAAAGUUUGCUACAAAAUAAAUAACUUUUUCAGAUUAAUAAUGAAACUAUUUUGUUCGCUAUCACCUAAAGUGCGACAAUGUAUUUAUGUUAUGGUCGCAGACCUAUGUAGCUUGGCAUCAGGGCUAUGCGUCGGCUGGUCGUCUCCAGUGCUGGUAAAGCUACAGGACAGGAACUCCACGGUUCUGCCUGAGCUGAUAACCAAUGAUGAAGGGACUUGGCUGGUGUCGGCUCCACAACUGACUUGUAUUGUUUUUCUACUCAUAGGGUCACCAAUCGUUGAUCGUGUAGGGAGAAAGUACGGUCUAUUACUGGUUUACCUUCCAAAGUUGGUAGCUUGUCUCCUCUUCAUCUUCGGGACCAGGAUAUGGGCAUUGAUGCUGGCCAGGUCGAUUGAGGGAGUGUCGUUAGCCUUCAGUUAUGUGAGCGCCUCUACGUAUACCGCGGAAAUUGCUGAUAAAAAUAUUCGAGGCUCACUGGGAACGUUGAUCCAGAUUUUUAGAUCGCUCGGCAUCGUGGGCAUGUUUAGCUUCGGUCCCUUCCUGAACUACUUGAACCUGCAUAUUGUCUACAUCGCCAUCACUAUCGUAUCCGCUUUUACUGUUGUAUUGUUGCCUGAGAGUCCCUACUUCUUGUAUUCUAAAGGUAAAAUCGAAGAAUCAGAAGAAGUACUUAACUCCCUGAGGGAAACCAAACAAGAAGUACAGGACGAGCUCAGAAUGUUUUCAGAAGGCGAAAACAAAGAAAAGCUAGAUUUUAAACAGGUUCUAAGAAAGCGAGUUUUUUGGAAAUCCAUGGGAAUAUCUGUGUUCCUAACUGGUGUUGGAACUUGUACUGGUUUUAGUACAAUUGUCUUCUAUCUCCAAAACAUCAUGGAAGAAGCAGGAACCAAUAAACCUGAGGUAGCAUCGGUGAUCCUAGGAGUAGUUCAAAUACUGGCGUGCUUUCCACCGAUAUACGUGUCAGACAAAUAUGGAAGAAUACCGAUUUUGUCGUGUAAUAUGAUCAUUAUGACUUUUGGAAUGGUAAUGUUAGGAACAUUCUUCUGGUGCAAAGAUAACGGCUACGAGAUUAACGCAUUUCUGAGUAUAUUACCACUGCUCUCCGCUUCGAUCGUUAGCUUCGCCGGAUCUGGCUAUGGAUCCAUAGUGUUCAUCCUGAUUCCAGAACUAUUUGAAGGUGCACAGAGGGCUCUAGGUGUAUCAAUAAGUUUCAUAGCUCUAUCCUUAGGAUUUUUUGCCGUUGGCAAAUUUUAUUCAAUCCUGCUAUCAUCCAUUGGUCUCUCCGGAAUAUUCUGGAUGUAUAGCAUCAUCUGCUUUAUAUUGUCUAUGUUUACAAUGACGUGUGUCCCAGAAACGAAAGGGAAGAUGUUUGACGAAAUACAAAUGGCUCUGGAAGGGAAACUUGUGAAGGAUGGCGAAGGUAGAUAACCCUUAUCUGAAUAAGGGCCGAUUUUUCAAUCGUCAGAUAACUUUUAUCUGAAGAAUAAACUUGACACUUUGACAUAUUUCUCAUACUGAAACUGUCAAACUCAUUCUUCGGUUAAAAGUUAUCUGACGAUUGAAAAAUCAGCCCUUAGAAGAAUGUAGACAUGGAUGA